CAAAAGUAGAUAUGCAUGGUUAAUGAUCCUUUUCCAAUCAAAAUGCUGUGCGCUGAUUCAUUCUGCAGGUUUUUGGCAGUCAUGUUUGGGACCAAGAUGAUUUUUGGGCUUCUGGCCCUGCUGCUGGUCAGCUCUGUUAGAGCUGAGGAGAUGGGUUUUUCUGGCAUACAUCACAUGCAGACUGAGGACACUUCUGCUGAGCUGUCUGUUUCUGAACUGUUGCAUAGAGCCAAUAAAGGCAUCAUUCCUGAAGCUGAUGAGCCCGAGCUGUUGGAUGACAUUGCUGUGAAUGAGAGAAAUGCAGAUCCCUGCACCUCCACCGACUGCCUCUGGAAUAUGGUUGGAGAUGGCCAUGUUUAUAUACCUUAUGUCAUCGCGGACGACUACUCUUCCCGUGAGGUGGAUAUCAUCCAGCGUGCUCUGUACUCUUUCGAUUCAGUCUCCUGCAUCCGCUUCUUCCCUCGCAAUGAUGAGAGAGACUAUAUCAGCAUCGAGUCCCGCAGUGGAUGUUACUCAUACGUUGGUCGUCAGGGUUAUGGCCAGAUUGUGUCUCUCGCUCGUAGUGGCUGCAUUUAUCACAACAUUGUGCAGCAUGAGUUGCUCCACGCUCUUGGCUUCAACCAUGAGCAAACCCGCAGUGACCGUGACGACCACAUCCAAGUCGUCUGGGAGAACAUCCUAGAUGACAAAAAACACAACUUCGACAAAAUCAACACCCUUAACCAGGGAACUCCUUAUGACUACAACUCUGUGAUGCAGUAUGAGAGAUAUGCUUUCUCCAAGAAUGGCCUCGCCACUAUGGUUCCCAUUCCUGACAGCAGUGUUGAGAUAGGCACGGCUACUGAGAUGAGCCAGAAUGACAUGACCAGACUCUUCAGACUCUACAAGUGCAAGCACAUUGUUGCCACUGAUGACUAAUCUUCUCUAGAUUGGUUUGCCAUUUUCCAGAGAGAACGUCAUAGUUUCAUCUGACACCUUUUUCAAGCUCUCAACAAUAAAGUCAUAAAACUGCAAAUGGA